AUGGCGGACGAGGACGGGGAAGGGAUUCACCCCUCGGCCCCUCACAGGAACGGAGGCGGCGGCGGUGGGGGUUCUGGGCUCCACUGCGCUGGGAAUGGUGGCGGUGGCCCGCGGGUCGUGCGCAUCGUCAAGUCCGAGUCCGGCUACGGCUUCAACGUGCGGGGCCAAGUGAGCGAGGGCGGGCAGCUGCGGAGCAUCAACGGGGAGCUGUACGCGCCGCUGCAGCAUGUGAGCGCCGUGCUGCCCGGGGGGGCGGCCGAUCGCGCCGGGGUGCGCAAGGGGGACCGCAUUCUGGAGGUGAACGGCGUGAAUGUUGAGGGGGCGACACACAAGCAGGUGGUGGACCUGAUCCGAGCAGGCGAGAAGGAAUUGAUCUUGACAGUGUUAUCUGUACCUCCUCAUGAGGCAGAUAACCUAGAUCCCAGUGACGACUCGUUGGGACAAUCAUUUUAUGAUUACACAGAAAAGCAAGCAGUGCCCAUAUCGGUCCCCACAUACAAACAUGUGGAGCAGAAUGGUGAGAAGUUUGUGGUAUACAAUGUUUACAUGGCAGGGAGGCAGCUAUGUUCUAAGCGGUACCGGGAGUUUGCCAUCCUACACCAGAACCUGAAGAGAGAGUUUGCCAACUUUACAUUUCCCCGACUUCCAGGGAAGUGGCCAUUCUCUUUAUCAGAGCAGCAAUUAGAUGCCCGACGACGAGGUUUGGAAGAAUAUCUAGAAAAAGUGUGUUCAAUACGAGUCAUUGGUGAGAGUGACAUCAUGCAGGAAUUCCUGUCAGAAUCAGACGAGAAUUACAAUGGUGUGUCUGAUGUAGAGCUGAGAGUAGCAUUACCAGAUGGAACAACGGUUACAGUCAGGGUUAAAAAGAACAGUACUACAGACCAAGUAUAUCAGGCUAUUGCAGCAAAGGUUGGCAUGGACAGUACAACAAUGAAUUACUUUGCCUUAUUUGAAGUGAUUAACCAUUCCUUUGUACGUAAGCUGGCACCUAAUGAAUUUCCUCAUAAACUCUACGUCCAGAAUUACACAUCAGCUGUGCCAGGCACCUGCCUGACCAUUCGAAAGUGGCUUUUUACGACAGAAGAAGAAAUCCUCUUAAAUGACAAUGACCUGGCUGUUACCUACUUCUUUCAUCAGGCUGUCGAUGAUGUGAAAAAAGGUUACAUCAAAGCAGAGGAAAAGUCUUACCAAUUACAGAAGCUAUAUGAACAAAGGAAAAUGGUCAUGUACCUCAACAUGCUAAGAACUUGUGAGGGUUACAAUGAAAUCAUCUUCCCCCACUGUGCCUGUGACUCCAGGAGGAAGGGGCACGUUAUCACAGCCAUCAGCAUCACGCACUUUAAACUUCAUGCUUGCACUGAAGAAGGACAGCUGGAGAACCAGGUAAUAGCAUUUGAAUGGGAUGAGAUGCAGCGAUGGGAUACAGAUGAAGAAGGAAUGGCCUUCUGUUUUGAAUAUGCGCGAGGAGAGAAGAAGCCUCGAUGGGUUAAAAUCUUCACACCAUAUUUCAAUUACAUGCAUGAAUGCUUCGAGAGGGUGUUCUGUGAGCUCAAGUGGAGAAAAGAGAACAUUUUCCAGAUGGUGAGGUCACAGCAGAGGGAUGUGGCCACCUAGCCUUUUCUUAUCCCUUCCCUUCUCUUCACCUUCAUCGUCUUAUCCCCUUUGUCUCCCAUGUCAGGCAGAGUAACCAUUAACA